AUCAUAUAGCUGAUAAUGGAUGCCAAAAAAGAAGCAAAUUCCAUAUCCUUUCGUCGGAUUGAGCGAUAUCUUAGGCCAAAGCAUGUUGGUGAUGCUAUUGAACCUUAAGAGCAUCACCCUGCUGUACCCAAAGAUGACGUCGAGAAGAUGAACAGUUUCAUUGAACAAGGAUUGCCUUUUGGGGAAGCACUUCUUCAGUUAAGGAGGACACACUUCCCUGUAUACUAUGACCCACAUCCCUGGAAGACAGGUUUACCAGAAAGCAAGUCUGACUCCUUGAAAUCCCUGAUGGCUACAUAUUUGUUUCGCAAGAAGGUGAAUGACUUUACUGCCAUGGGUGUCAAUUUUAAGGAACACCUUUACGUUCCAGAGAAGAGUCCUGGUACUGGAGAAUUCUUUCAUGAGAGGGGAGACCACAAUCACGUGCUAAAGCGUAUCACAACAUGUGCCAGAGAAGGGUGUAUUCCAUCAGUUGGUCUCCAGUAUUUUAGAGAUGCUCUCCAUGAUGACAAGACAGGUCUGACGUACGAGGCAUUGACUGGGAAACGAAAACAGUCUGUUCCUGACUGUGAGAAGUUCUUCUCUGUUGGUGUCUUAAAGUUCAUGGAGGAUAACAAGCAUGAAACAGAGGCCAAAGUGGUCAAGACUGUUCUCAACUGGCGUAAAGCUAAUGAUGGGAGAAGAUUGGGUAAGAGCAACUCAUUGAUAAUGUUGUAAUAUAGAUACAAUUCAAAUUAUCUACUAACUGUAGUUUUAUUUGACCCCACCUUCUGCCUCCCCCUUAAUCUGACCUCUGUUUAUGACAAUGGACUUUUGUGUUUUCAUAGUGGCUAAAGUGAUAGAGUUACCACAGUGUACAUUUGAUACAAAAGUCUUUUUAACAAACCUUCUGACUGAUGUGGGAAUUGAAAAUUGAAGAAUAUUUUGUCAAGUGAAUUUUUGUGCUAACUAUGAUCACAUUAUAUUGCACUCAUAUGUAAGCUGACUUUUAAAACUUUACUGACCUGUUACAGAUGAGAAGACAAGAAAGAAAAAUAACUUGGCUAUGCUUGACUGGAUUUUGGAGGACUGGAUGCCAUGGUACAAAGACUGUAGAGAUUUUUCAAAGCUAGAUGUGAACAGGUUCGU